UGAGCAGGAGAAUUCAUCCCAGCCAGCAGGAUUAGGUGAGGCAGAGUGACACAGGAGCAGGACCUCACAGUCGGCGCCUCUCUCCAUGGACUGAGCAGAGCUCUGAGUGAGUAUCUGCAGGCACAGCGGGGAGCCUGGCUCUCCGUGACUUCCCAUUUUUACUCCAUCUCAGUGUGAACGGUCAGGAGGCAGCGGCAGCCACCACCAGGGGCAGCUUCACGCUCAGACACUAUGGGGACGGUGAGCGAACUCUGCGUGUCCAGCCUUCAGACGUUCCUGUGUCCAGCUGUGAAGCCGUCCCAGGAUGCUCCAGUGCCGGACGACCUCACCCCAGAGGAGCAGCAGGAGCUGGAGAACAUCCGCCGGCGCAAGCAGGAGCUGCUGGAGGACAUUCAGCGGCUGAAGGAUGAGAUAGCAGAAGUGACAAGUGAGAUCGAAAACCUGGGUUCCACUGAGGAGAGGAAAAAUAUGCAGAGGAAUAAACAGGUGGCCAUGGGCCGAAAGAAAUUCAACAUGGACCCCAAAAAGGGGAUCCAGUUCCUCAUCGAAAAUGACUUGCUGAAGAAUACCAGUGAUGACAUUGCUCAGUUCCUCUACAAGGGCGAGGGCCUCAACAAAACAGCCAUUGGAGAUUAUCUCGGAGAGAGAGAUGAUUUCAAUAUCCAAGUCCUCCACGCCUUUGUGGAGCUUCAUGAGUUCACAGACCUCAACCUGGUUCAGGCCCUCAGACAGUUCCUGUGGAGUUUUCGACUACCGGGAGAAGCUCAGAAGAUUGACCGCAUGAUGGAGGCCUUCGCUCAGCGCUACUGUCAAUGCAACCCUGGCGUUUUCCAGUCCACAGACACCUGUUACAUCCUGUCAUUUGCCAUCAUCAUGCUAAACACCAGCCUCCACAACCCGAAUGUGAAGGACAAGCCUACAGUGGAGCGAUUCAUCUCCAUGAACAGAGGGAUCAAUGAUGGAGGAGACUUACCUGAAGACCUUCUCAGGAACCUGUAUGAGAGCAUCAAGAACGAGCCUUUCAAAAUUCCGGAGGAUGACGGCAACGACCUCACACACACUUUCUUCAACCCAGACAGAGAGGGCUGGCUGCUAAAACUGGGGGGACGAGUCAAAACCUGGAAGAGGAGGUGGUUCAUCCUCACAGACAACUGUCUGUACUACUUUGAGUACACCACAGACAAAGAACCAAGAGGAAUCAUUCCACUGGAGAACCUGAGCAUCAAGGAGGUGGAGGACAAGAAGCCUAACUGUUUUGAGCUUUUCAUUCCUGACAACAAGGACCAGGUGAUAAAAGCAUGCAAGACUGAGGCUGACGGACGUGUCGUGGAGGGCAACCACACCUUCUACCGUAUCUCUGCCCCCACUGCAGAGGAAAAAGAGGAAUGGAUGAACAGCAUCAAAGCCGCCAUCAGCAGAGACCCCUUUUACGAGAUGCUGGCUGCCAGGAAGAAGAAGGUGUCGUCCAUGAAGAGGCACUGAAGCUGCUCAGCACUCCCAACGUUGCACUUGACAGCAGGGGGGGUCUGGGGGUGUCUGCUCGCCCUGUCUGGGCCAGUGCAGAGGCCACGGUUGAGGUCUGCCUCAGACCUCUCCAGGGGAUUUCUCUAGGCUACAUACUAGCUCUGGCUUUGGGACUCUGCAGGCCAGGAAAACAGGAAGCAUGCUGGGGUUUCUAGAUAAGAGUCGGGGCCAAAGCCUCCUCUAACCUGCUGUCUGAAUGUGUCUCUCUCUCUCUCAGCUUUGUAUGUGCUCUCGGUCUAUGAGGCCGAACAGGAAUCCUGCUGUGAAAUCCCCUUUGAAGAUGCUUUAAGUAAACACAGUUCCCACAUACGUUGCACACAUCGACAACAUGCAUACACUCAUGCUGCCCCCGAAGCACACAUCGUCUAAACUCAGCAGGUCUGACCGAGUGUGGCGCCCCAACCAAAACUUUCAGAAGGAAGACUUAGAGCUUCUCUGAUGUGCUUUAAUGUUACGGUAAUACGUGUCUAUUUUUAGAGCUUUUUCUGGCAGUUCCUUUUUUUCUUUUGUUUGCUUUUAUAAAAAUAAAACGGUCUUGCAACUUAAACUGCAGGGAAGGGUGGGUGUGGGAGGGAGGGUUUAACUUGCCAACUGUUAGUGAUUUUAUAAAAAAAAGAAAAAAAAAAUCUGUGUAUAAAAAAAGUUGCCACUCAGGAGAUUGUUACGAUGUUCUGAAACUUUCCAUGUUUCGACUGACAUGGAUUCCGGUCACAACAUGAGACAGCCACAUGAGGAAUAAAAAACCUCAUCCGUGUCCCAGACUGAACUGUUUGUUAUUUUGUAAAUGUGAAGCUACACGAGAGUGUCUGAUUGUCUGGACAGGGUCUCGGUGUUCAUUUCCUGAAGGUGCAUUCUGGGGAUUAGUGUCUUUGUAAGGACACGACCCUGGGCCCCCCUCUUAUACAUUUUUCUCUUUCUCUCACCAACACAAAACAACCUCCUACUACUGUAUCACCCAAAACGCAAUUUAAUUAUUAGUUACUUUACUGCUGCACAGUGCCUGGCGCUCUAGAUGAAAUGUGAUGAGAAAAGCUGCUGGUUAGCGACAGUAAUUCACUUUUCUGUUUCCUUGCCUUUUUAAUAUUCUUUGGAGAGGGUUACCUAUUCGAUGGUAAACAUUUUCAGCCUUCAGCCUGACCUCAUUGAUCCAUUGUACAAUACUGUGUGCUUCAGGUUGUUUAUGUAUAAGACAUAAUAUAUGACAUAUUGUUGUAGGGGAUUUAAAGUGGCACGAAUAAACAAAGCUAUGCCUGGAAAAAAAAAAAAAAGUGGGGUGUCCCCGUCUCAGGAUCCAAAGUGUGAUGUGAAACAAAUACAAAACUACUAGAAGUGUGAGGAAUGUACGGAGGCCCUGGGAGUUAAGAAAAACAUACUGGUGAAGUUUGAUCUAAUUAUUUUCUGUGUUUGAUAGACCAAUUGAGAGAAAUAUGUUGCCUUUUUCUUUGCUGACACAAUAUAAUUCCCAGCCAAGACAACAACGUGAAAAACUGAACAAUCAACAAACGUAUGUCAAAACAAUGACAUAAAUUAAGACUAUCCUGGCAACAACCCUUUUCACCUGCUCAAGUCCUAAAUACAGAAGAGAAAAUGAUUGGAUUAAACUUAGAAAUGGAUCACCAUCAUUUUUUUCUGUCUCUCAGGGCUUCUGCAGCCAUGUACUUACGGGUGAAGCAGAAAGAUGGAGGUGCAGGAUGACUGAUGGGUCAUGCUGAGGCAGUGACAUGUCAUCUUGCCAAAUAGCAAAAAACUGUGUUGUGGUGCAUCAAGCAGUUUGUUUUUUCUGCUCCAGUCGUCUCUCUUCUCUUCCUGUGUGCCUGCUGGUCGUUCUCCUCGCUUCCUGCCUGUUCCGUUUCCUCCUUCUCUUCCUCUCUGCUCACUAAUCCUAGAGAAAUAAGGAAAAAAUGCAAAACAAUCAUAAUUCUAGACAGUAUUGGUUUAUUUAUCAAAGUUGUACAUACUUAAAUGUAUAGUGGGUAUUUUGUCCUCAUUUUUGUUUCUUAUUAGUUGUGCCAUUUUCUUUUGGUAUUCUGUUUGAUGAUGUUUGAUUUGAGGUUUCUAUCAUUACCAUUUAAUCAAGCUGAAAUAAAGACAGAUUUGUCACAA